AUGAGGCUGAGCAGCAGCGAGGACCUGCUGGUGAUGGGCCGAUAUUCCUUCUUGGUUUGCACUUUUACGGAAAUCGCCAUGUUGUCACAGCUCUCCAACACGAUGUACAUGGUUUAUGCAGGUGAUUUUGAAGGAAAAGCUGGAUUUUUCGCAGAAAAAAGGGGAUUUUUGAGCUAUGAGCGUCAAUGAAGGUCCCCACUGCCUAGUUGAGGAAUUUUCGCUCCAUGGACAAAAUACGCUUUCUCGCAAAAAUUAGCCUUAGAGCGCAGAAGACUGGUUUUUCUCAUUUUUGAGGCUGUUUUUUCGUUUAUUAUUUGUCUGAAGCUAGUUCAUUUGAAGAAUGCGAGAGAAUGAUUUUUUUAAACAAUUAUUUGAAUAAAUCAAGGUUUAGAUCUUCUUGACCUUUUCAGAAAGGUUCCAUGAGCUACAAAAUUAUUUGAGGAAUAUUCGCUUCAUGGAAAAAAGACACUUUCUUGAGAAAAUUAGCCUUAGAGCACAGAAGACUGGUUUUUCUCAUUUUUGAGGCUAUUUUUGGUCCAUUUUAUGUGUGUAGCUAGUUCAUUUAAAGCAGAUGAAAUUUAUACUUUUUUAGAUCUUUCUGAAUUUUCAGGAACCCCACCAAGAAUCCUUUCCUGCAAAAACCAGUCAUUUGCGACCAACGAGGAAGCCUGCCAGAACUACGAAACUCAUUGCAAUCGUGGUAAAUUUGAGCUCGAGUCGCAGUUUGAGGGAAUCGUCGAGGAGGUUUUUGGCUGAACAAAAUCAUCAAAAAUUGAUUCUAUUCCCAGUUUUCCCUGCACUGUUCCGGCCUGGAAAUCGAGAGAAUGGGAACCUCCAUUCAAAUGAUCGGAUUGGUCUUGGGAUGCCUGUUUUUCGGGGCGAUCAGCGAUCGAUUCGGCAGGAAAUGGGUGAGGAUUUAUCGAUUUUUUUUUUUGGAAAUAAUGGUCCAGAGAAUUUUAGUGCCCUUUUCGAAGUAAUUUUAACGGAAUAUGAAUCUAUUUGACUCUCCAAAGUUUAGUUAUCUUUCUCUUUCUCUGACAGAUUUUUCAUGCGAAUUAGGAAAUCCAGGCCGUGACCUAGUUUUCCAAAUAUACAUAAUCUCCUCCUUGGGGGCGCCAGAGUGGUCCCUAGAGAGGCAAUCUCAUAGGAAUUGAUUAUUUUGUGAUAAAUACGUCUGUUUCAAUUUUUUUAAGAUUAAUAAUAAGAAUAAAAGAUACCUAUAGGAUCUAUUGAGCUGAAAAAGUUUUUGAGUGAAUCCCAAAGCUUCUAAAGGGACGACCUCAAUUUUGACCCUCUAGGGAGCACUAUUUACCUCUGACUCUCCAAAAUUUAGUUACCUUUCUCUUUCUCUGACGGACAUUUCACGCAAAUUAGGAAAUUCAGGCCGUGGUCUAGUUUUCCAAAUGUACUAAAUGUCUUUCCGAGUGGUCCCUAGAGAGACAAAAUUAAGAGCUUUGAAGUUUACGUUCUGGGGACCACUUUUAUCUUCCCUAUAGGGGCCACUUAGACUUUCAGAAGUGGUCACUUCAAGAAAGAGAGAUUAAAAAUAGAAGAUCCCUGUAGGGACCUCUUCAGACGAAAAAAAUUUCCCUCAAGGGACCACUUUACCUACCCCUAUACUAAAUCUUGCAGUAUAAGCCUCUCUAGGAGAUGAUAGUGGACACUAGAGGGUUUUUCAGCUUUCAAAUCGGAACAACAAUAAGAAAUACCACUUUAGGGGCCACUUAAGCUUGAAGGCGUUAGGGGUCAGACCCUAAAUCCCUCUAGGGACCACCUGAAUUUAAGCCCUCUAGGGAACUCUAUUUCGUCCCCUCUAGAGGCUUUUUACCGCCUAACCCCUCUAGGGACCCCUCCGGCGCUCCUAAGUUCCCCAUCCUUCAGCCGAUGUUCCUGUGUCUGGUGAUGUGCGCUAUCCUCGGGGCGAUCUCCUCCUUGACGACGACGUUCUGGACGUUCACCGGCGUCCGGACCGUGCUCAGCUUCUUCAACGGCGGCCAAUCGACGUGACCGUCAGCCGCUGCGGCGAACCCCAAUCAAUGACGUCACCAUUGCAGAAUCUCCGUCGUUUUCCUGCUCGAGAACGUGCCCAAGUCGUUUCGGAUGCUUGUCAGCACGCUGAUCAGCUUCAGCCCGAAUGUCAUCUUUUUUGGUGGGUGACCGCGACGCGACCGCAGCGCGUGUGAAAAGAGAACAGGAGUUCUGAAGAUGCAACGCGAGUGAAGCUGUCAUUUGACUAAUCACAAAAAAGCCUUGUUUUUUAUUUUGAGUGGAACCGCGAGGCGACCGCAGCGCAUGAAUCAUUCAUGUCAAGUUCCGAAAAAAUGCUUGAUCUGGGCAUUUUUUCUUAUGAAACCGCGCCGUGACCGCAGCGUAUGAAUCAUUUUUUGUCCAUUUUCAAAAAAUGCCCAUUUCCGGUUAUUUGUGUGGAACCGCGACGCGACCGCAGCGCAUGCAUCAAUGUUGUUUGAUUCAAAAAAUGCCUUGUUCUGGGCGUUUUUUGAGUGGAACCGCGACGCGAGCGCAACGCAUCAAUAAUUUCUGUCGAACUUCAAAAUUAAGCCGCAUUUCGAUUAGUUUGUGUGGAACCGCGACGCGACCGCAGCGCGUGAAUAAUUUCUAUCAAAUGUCAUAAUUAGGUAAGUUUUCGGGUAAUUUGUAAACAACCGCGACGCAACCGCAACGCAUCUCAAAACAUUUACACGAUCUUUUGGAAAUUUGUUUUGAAGAACCGCGACGCGACCGCAGAGCGUCAAUGCACAUUUUCGGUUGAUUUGUGUGGAAACGCGACGCGACCGCAUCGCUCCAAUCAUUAUCGUCAAAUUCCAGAAAAGGCUUAUUCUGGGCGUUUUUUAAGUAGAACCGGGACGCGACCGCUACGCAUCUCUAAAUGUUCACCCAAUCUUUUUUGAAAAAAAUUUUUAUAUACUAUUUUGACCCAUUUUUUCUUGGAAAGUCUUUCUUGAACCGCGACGCGACCGCAGCGCAUAAGUUGAAAUAUUAUUACUGCAUUCGUAUACUGUAGUCUACCGUAAUCUAGGAGAAAAGCCCAUUUUCUGCCCUGUAACCCAAAAAAUCACAACAUUUCUAUUUUCCAGGAUUCAUCGCCUUCCUCUGCCCUUCCUGGCGUGCCCUAGCCGCUGUAGUUUCGUCUCUGAUCCUACCGUCUUUAUGUAUCCUACCGUAACCUCUGGAUAGUACCAUCAAUUUGUCAAUUAAGACUUCAGAUUCCUGCACGAGAGUCCCCGAUGGAUGAUGCAGAAGGGCAAAAUCGCGGAAGCCCAAAAAGCUCACAGCCAAAUCAUGAAAUUCAAUGGGAUGCAGAAUAUUUAUUCGGCUGACGAAUUGACGGCUCUUCUCCAGAAUGAGUAUGAUGUGAGUCUCGUGGGAGGAAGAUUGAAAUUCGAAAAUGGAAUUAUAACAUUACAGAAUGUUCCUGUUACAAACAGAAUAUUAAUUAUGAGAAAAAUUUGUUCAUGUACUCACUUCUCUAUAUAGUACUGAAAAAGAGUUUUUUGACAAUAUUUAAUCCCAAAUCUAGUUUUGAUUGUCCAAAAUUACAUGGAAAAACAGCAAAAAUUUGAAAAACGUCCAGAAAACUUGAACCACUGACUUUUCGACUGGAAAGCGGGCUUCUAACCGACUGAGCCACGUGGAAGUUUGAAUAGAGUUCCAAAAAAAACAAAAAAUCAUGAAGUAGUUCAAAGUGAAAAAGUAGUAACAGCAAAAACAUAAUAAACUGCAACAAAACCCGAUCCUUUGACCGCCCGAGUGAAAGACAACUUUCUAACCGACUGAGCCAAGAGUUUCAGAGUGUCGGAGAGCAGAACAUCAACCACAGUUUCAAGGAUUUGUUCAAGAAUUCGAUUUUUGGAGCCGCCUCCGCUUUCGCUUUUAGCUUGUAUGUUUCAAUGAAUUUGGUCGCACUUGGAAUGGCUCGAAGCGUCGCAUUCGCGUCGCGGAUGUCUCUGUGCAUUGGAGAGUGUUAGAGAAAGCAGAAAAGGGCAUUUUUUUGAACCGCAACGCGACCGCGACGCUUCGAACCAUUCCAAAUGCGACCAGCCGAUUUGAAAAACGUAGUGGAUCGUGUAUGUAGUGUUAAAGUUUCAACAGAGAUAAUAUUAUUAAUGAUUUUUCUUUGAAUUUUUAAAGUUUAUGUUUCAGUGAAUGGCCGCAAUUGGAAUGGCUCGAAGCGUCGCGGUCGCGCUGCGUGUUUUUUCAAACGCCUCUGGACAUUGAACAGUGUUAAAAAAUGGAGCAAAUAAAAUUUAUCUCCAUCCGCAACGCGACCGCGACGCUUCGAACCAAUCCAAAUGCGACCAGCCGAUUUGAAAAACGUAGUAGAUUGAUUAUAUAAUGGUGUAGAUUCAACAGAGAUAAUGUUAUUCAUGAUUUUUUUUUCUCCAGCUUUUCGAGCACCUUUAUCAACUACGGCAACAUGUUCAACCUGGGCGCCAUUUCCGGAUCAAUCUUUUUGAAUUCGAUUUUGAUCGGAUUCCUUCGUUAUUCUGUCAGUAUUUCCUGUGGUCUCAUCGACCAGAAAUAUGAAUGGUUUGUACUUUUUUCAAACUGAGCAGUUUUAACUAUCUGGAACUUUGAACCUAAUGACUUCAAUUUUGAAAAUUUUGCGUCGGAAAAUCCAAAAAAUCAAUUUUUUCUUUUUCUAGAAGUCGUUUGAGAAUAAUGGAAGGUUCAGGAACAUCAGAGUGGUCACUAGAGGGGCAAGGGGUAAAAGUCCCUACAGUGGACGGGGUAGUGGUCCCUAGAGGGCUCAAGUAUAAGUGAUCCCUAUAGGAGUUUAGGGUCUGAACCCUUAGCCCCUAAAGCAUAAGUGGUCCCCAUAGUGAUCUUUUACAUUUUUCUUCCGAUUUAAAAGUUAAAAAGACGUAAAGGGACCACUAGAGUGACCACUUUUGCGAGCUUGUGCCCCUAUAGGGAAAGGUAAAGUGGUCCCUUGAGAGGAAUCUAAAAGAGUCCCUAAGGUUGCUCUGGGGAUCACUCUCCGGUUCCCAAACAGGUCAUUGAGUACGUUUGGAAAGUUAGAACACGGCCUGAAAUUCCUAAUUGACCUGAAAAUUUGUUUUUUCAUUUUUUGUUUUUUUACAAAUUUGUUUUUCCAUUUUUUUCAAAAUGGAGUAGUUGUUUUUUUUUGAUUUUACGCGUUCGAAAUUGAGAUUUCAUGAUUUAUAAUAAGAAUUUUUUUUUAUUCAGGUUCAAUAGACGCCUCAGUCAUUUCCUAUGCGUUUUAAUGACGGCUGCGAGUUUGAUCAUUUCGUUUCUCCUCAAAUAUUACGGUAUUUUUGAUUUUUCCUAUCUAUUUUCGAAGAAAAGGUUUUGUAUUCCUAAUAAAUAUAUUUUCAGGGAAUGAAAACUUACUCAUUGAAACGGUGGUUCGUAUUUGCGUUUUGGUUUCGUGUGCCAUGACGUCACAGGUAAUUUUGGUUUAAUUCUCUUUGGACAAUGAAAUAAAAAGAUUUUAGGCGUCAGAUAAAAUGCAUUUGGUGUAAUGCACCACGGUGUUUUUCGUUUAGUGUUUUUUAUCAUAUAAAAUAUUGGGAUUCUCGCGAAAAAUGUGUUUUUCAACAAAGUUGCUCUGGGGACAACUCCGUCUUUGGUAACGGAAACCGGACCCGCGUCUAACCUUUCUGAGCAUUUUAAGUAGUCACUUAAGAGGUCUGAAGACGCUAAAGUGACAGCAAACAAUUCUUUGAUGAAGCUAACGCCGCUAAAGCGAUCACUAGGAUCAAAGAGUGGUGACGCUCUAUAGAGUUAACUAGCAGGUCUCUAAUGAAGCUAACGCCCCUAAAAAGAUCACUAGCGCUUGAGAAGACUGAAGCCACGAAAGUGAUCACUAGAAACGCUCAAAAACGUGCGGGACUUGUCCGGUUUGCGUUACCGAAGUCCAAUUUUUCGUUCAUUUUCCGUGAUUUUAGUAUUUUUCGCCCUCAUUAAAGCUUUCCGUGAGAAUAAAGCUAGAACGGCAAGCUUGAGCCAUCGAAAAAUGGUCCUGACACGAAAAAAAAAAUAGUGUCUGAUAAGGGGAGAGCGCAGACAGGCCACGCCCCUUCUAAGAUAGAUGUGAAACUUUUUUUCAAGGUGGUGAUCAUCGCCAGCGUCGCCUGCAACGAGUUCAUGCCGACGGCUGUUCGAACCAAGGCCUAUUCGAUCGCUCAACUUUCGAGUCGCCUUGGGAUCGUCCUCGCCCCCCAUAUCUUCACUCCUUUCUUUGUUCGUUGGCCUGAAAAGAACGAUAAAAUUAUUGAAAAUGGGAACUGAAGAUGCUCUGUCAGACCCUAAACUCUCAUAGGGACCAUCUAAAUUUCAACCCUAUAGGGAGCACUUUUUUGUCCCCUAUGCUUUUCCCUUAAAUCCUAGAGGAUUUGAAAAAGUAUUUUCUAAGAAGGUAGUUUUUAUAGACAUUUCAUGGAAAGUGCAAAAAGACACAGUUUGAGAAAUUGAUGAAACUUUGCUGAGAAGUAGUUCCAGGCCCCCUGAAUCGAGAACAAGAAAAAAAUUUUACGCCUUUUGCCUUUUAACGGAGUUAUGAUCCCUCAAAGUUUGCACGCAAGAGCUGAUAUAACUCGCGACGAAGCCAUUGCUUGCAACUGGCAGCGUGGUGUAGUGGUUAGCGCCCCUGACAUGUAGAUGCUGUGAUCAGGGUUCGAAUCUAUUUCGGAGAUUUUUUUUUGCAAUUUUUUAGCGGAUGUUAAUUGAUGAAUUUGGGGAAAUAGAACCGUCCUUUUUUGUCGUUUUAAGUAGUUUCUACAUGGAAAAAUAUUCGUCACUUUUUUUUUUGAAUACAAAACGAUUCCAGGAGUUUUUCAACAUCAAACCUUUCCCCUACCUGAUCCUUUUCGGUCUCUGCGUCCUCGAUGUCUUGUUUUUCCAGGUAUUUCCAGGUUUUCGAGUUAAUCCUGAAGAAAUUCCAGAUUUUUGUCCCGGAAACCAAAAACAGAAACAUGAGAGACCACGUGAGGGGCAACAAAAAGCCGGAAGACGCCAUCUUGCUGAAGGAAGAUCGGUCGAAAGCCUGA